AAGAGCUUCGAUCACCAUGACAUUUCCCGUUAAAAAAAACAGCAAAAGAACAAAGACUCCAAGUACCGAUCAUUUCUUAGUAUUAUUUCCAAAGUAAAGUAUCCCUAUUUUCAAGGUCAUGGAUAAGCAAACGUGUUUGCUGUGGCUCAGGUGGAUAAGCAUCAUAGCGCGGGUGUCUAGGGAUAAAUGGCUUUCGAUGCCAUGAGCCAUAUGUGUGAUAUAUUAGCUAGCCUGAGUUAUUGAGUGAUCGCAUGGACAGCCUGUUGCCAAAACAUAUAGCAGAAUAACCAAUAGAUAGAGUUUAGUGGUAUCAAGCUGAGAUUCGAGAGAACAGCCCAGAUGCAUCCCAUUCAGCGACAAACCCCGGCGAUUCGUUUGAUCGUUGUAAGCGGGCAGGUCUGUGAAUAGAAGCGCGGUUAUAAAGCGAGUUGAACGUCGAAGAUAGUCACUUGACGCUCGCAACGACCCCGAGAACUAGAGAUUUAAAGAACAUCAAGCAUGGACAAUAUAUCCAUGUACAGCCAGGGAGGAACGAUGUCACAUCAGGGUAUCGAACGAGCGCUAGCUAUUGAUCCUAGUAAGGAACCGUCGUUCACCUUAAGUCCUUUUCCCGAAGCAAAUCAAAGCAUGCUUGCGAGAGGUCUUCAUCUACCUCAUCGCCUCCCGGAAACUAUUUACAACUCGAAGUCAAUGUUAGGCAGCGAAGGGCCACCGUACUCAUUCCAGUCGCAUGCGAGUCCAAUUCGAACGUCUUGCUCAUCUUCAAACCACGAAUACCCUCUUGUCUCGCCGUCAGGGAUUCCACUUGGGCAUAGCAUGUACGACUCAAUCUCUAACGGUGGUUCUCGCUAUCCACAAUGUCCAACCAAUUUCAAUCCAAUCGCCUUGCAUCAGCCCAAACCAGAGAUGAAAACUCAUGGACGAAGCUGGAUGUAUCCUCAAAUGGCAGUGCCACCAGAUCUCGAAUCACAACAAAGACCUUAUGGCCCUUUUCGCACUACCAACGAAAUUGGAUUCCCUAGAGUGGAUCUUUACUCACAAUCCUCAUUCGUCUACGACAAUCACCGUCAACUAACUCAUCACCAGAACAUGUAUUCAUCAUUUGUAAGUCCUAAGAUUAUGAACUGUGAAUGGAUCGACCCACAAAACUAUGGCAAAGGCAAGAUAUGUGGCAAGCAGUUCAGCAUCAUGCACGACAUUGUCCGACAUAUAAACGACGAACAUAUUAGCCAGAACGAUUCGCCAUUACAUGUCUGUCACUGGCGAAAUUGCACGCGGAAUGGUCAUCCUUUCAAGGCCAAGUACAAACUUGUCAACCACAUACGAGUCCACACAGGAGAAAAGCCAUUCCCUUGCCCCUUUCCCGGUUGUGGAAAACUAUUUGCUCGCUCGGAAAACUUGAAAAUACACAAACGAACUCACACGGGAGAGAAACCGUUUAUUUGUGAACACCCUGGAUGUGAUCGGCGCUUCGCAAACUCAAGCGAUCGUAAAAAGCAUUCGCACGUCCAUACAUCUGACAAGCCUUAUUACUGCAAAUAUCAAGGGUGUAAUAAAAGCUAUACUCAUCCUUCGUCACUACGUAAGCACAUGAAACUACACGGCUUAUCACCAUCACCUCCUCUCCUAACAGAGACAGGGACGAACAACUCAAAUCAUGACUCCCAAAAUCCUUCCUCUCCUCCGUCUAAUAUUCAACUUGGAGCAAACUCCUCCAACAGUACUCAGAAUUCUACAGGAACAAAUGAAACUAGAGAGAGAAGCCCUAUCUGGUUCUCUUGCAACUGAAUUAAAGACUUAAAUUACCAUUAAUUCAAGAAUUGUGAUGCGGAAUGUAGAAAUAGGUUAAAGUUUGGAACACUCGCUUUAAGCCUAGAGUACUUGACGUUCGUUYUUCACGAAUGUCGUUCUACAUUUUUGAGAGUAUUGUUAUGUACAUCUAAAAAGCUCGUUAGGGUUUAUUGACAUUGAUGAUAAGCAGUUCUACAAAAAAAAAACUACUACAGUUCUAAAAGUAGUCUUGCCGAGAACUGACUUUGAAGCUCCCAUACCAAGAACUCACACUGCUUACAACCAGCUAGAGACAUGUAACCAACACAUCAUCGAAUUCUUAAUCACAACAGCCACACGGCAGUCAAAAUGGUCAGUAAGAUACUACCUCAACCUAAAGGAUUUCCUAAAUUAUCUAAGGUGUUUAUUUGACACCUAGAUAAUAAGAUUUCCCUUGCAAAGUAUUUGUAAAUAUUGAUACACCUAUAUGGUAACUAAUUUUAUGACACAGAGUUUACUUUGUUUUGCUUGACUUGUUUGAAAUCGUAUUUUAGAAUGCCAUGCGUAAAGAAAAUUGAUUUGAUUGAGAACCCCUGAAGAGAACUGUCUCCUCGGAGAGGGUCUCUUUAGAAAGUACAAGUAUUUCUUUAACAGCUUCGACGGAAAUAUCUCGGGGACAUUAGUAAAAUUUGAUAAGUGGUCCACAUUCUUGUGGACGCAAUUGGCAUUGCCUAGACUCUGGGUUUUAAAAAAAUCUGAUUGUCAAUUGUCCAAGCAUUUGAAUGCGUUUAACUGAAAUUCGUUUCGUUUCUUGGUGUUUAUAAAAAUCGGUUUCAUUUCAUGGUCUGCUUUACGUAGCAAACUGAUAUUAAAUUAGAUAGAUAAAUCUAGUGCGAUAAAAGAAUUAAUAUAGUUUUAUCUGAAGUCAUUAAAAACUGAGAUAACGCGGAACUACUCGACGUUCAUAUGUUCAAAUCAUUGGCUCUUCACUAAUUCAAAUAAAAUUUAUUAAUAUAAAACUUUUACUGAUGUGUAUUUAUUGUCAUCUAUCCAUGCUUGUCGUCGAUAUAUUUUGACAGAAAAGUCAUCUUCGUCACUUGUCUAUUCAUGUCUGUCGUUCUCCAUCUGAUAGUACGAGACUAAACUAUUACCGUGCGAGUUCCUAAUUAAGACCCAAGCUUCUUAAUUAUUUAGUAGAGUUAGUUCGACCAAUGUAGCUUGGGUGUGGUAUUUGAUGUUUAAUAAAUGGGCUUUAUUCA